AUGACGCCGUUCACUCAGCUGCUAAGUCAGACUCCCCGUCCACGCAUCAACGAGCUCUGUGCGCUUUGGGGCCUAUCCGCGUCCGGCAAUCUGAACGACUGUCGGUCUCGCCUGAAGGCGUAUAUGGACGACAACAUGGAUCUCACCGAAGACGACACCUUUGCGGGCCUCUUCACACAACAACAGCGGAACGAAUAUGCAGCGAACCCCUAUCCACCUGCAUGGGAAGGCAUUCAGCAGACCGAUCGCGCUGACUCGCCCCCUACCGCCGAUCAGGACGUUCGAGGCUCGUCCGCGAUGCCCGGUAAUGAUCACGCCAUCCGAGGCUCGCCCCCCCUGUCUGGCGACUACGAUCGCGCUGGCGGACUGGGCCCCGUUGAUUCGGCGGCAGGCCGCGAAGCUGGUACAGCACAGCGUCAACUUCUUCAGUCCCUGCCCGUGGAAGCGCUGGACAGAUUGCUGGAUUCCUUUUUCAACGGUCGGAUGAAUGACACUGCAGUUCCGCCGACCACCGUAGUGCCACGCCACAAUCCAGUUGCUGUUUCCGGAGUGCGACGUCGGCCUGAUCGCAUCCAGGGAUCGGUUUCCACCGACGCAGGCAUUCAGAUCAUCGAGCCCAUCCUCAACCGGUUCUUGGGGACUGGGAACAUCUGGGCGCAUCAUAUCCCGUUGCACCUACUCACCGAUGCCUUCUGCCGCCGAUACGGCGUUGGGGCAACCACAAAGGAUUUCGACGACAAUCGCACGCUUGAUAAAGCAUCAAACACGGUGCUGACAAUCCCGAAAGACAUCCCCUUCGAGCCCGAACUACGCUUAUCCCUCGCCGAAUGGACUCAGGCAUGGAAACGCUUGAUGUACCUCAUCGAGCGUUACGUUCCCCAGGAGCUCAACCUAUGGCAGCAGCACUACUUCAAGAUUAUGCACUAUCACAACCGCGAGCGGGUGUGGCCAAUGCUCCUUGCAUAUGACUCCCGCGUGAGACGCGCAUCCAUCGUCGAGGCUCUGGACCCCUCUGUAUGGCAGACGAACAUCUGGGAAGACGUGAAGAUUGAAUUCGACGCCGAGAGGUUGGAUUUGGACGGAGUCAAGUCUUUCAGCGAUUCGCUUGCCCAAGGACCAUCCUCGUCUCGCUUUCGGGAAGGAAAGUCCUUUCGAGAGGGCAGCGAACACUCCUUUCGCGACCAGGUCACCCGGCGCUUCGGAGUAUAUGAGAAGCGCGACAGCAUGCAUCAACCCGCAUCCCGCUCAAAGGCCAGAUGCUUCGCUUGUGGUAGCCAGGACCACUCCUCACGAAGCUGUUCUGCCGGAUCUCUUAUCAACGGCAAGCCCCUGGUCAUCUGGUCGGACAAGCCCGGAGAGCCGCGGAAGGACCGACGCGGCAACCAAUUCUGCUAUGGCUUCAACGGCAAGAUUGGGUGCACAAUGGGCCGUAGCUGCAACCGACUCCACUACUGCAGCCUUUGCGGCGAAAAAUCCGUUGUGACCCCCCUCCUGCCGGACAGGUGGGACCGUGCGCUGAUGGAUGCCGGCGUACACGAUACAUUCCGUGAUGUACCUAUAGGUCUUCGGGAUGGUUUUAAUAUGGGCAUCACUUCCUCUAUCUCCAGAACGUACACACCCAAAAAUCACUAUUCUGCUGUCGCACAAGCCAACACCGUUACAAAAUACAUUCAGAACGAGCUUUCUAACCGACAUUACACUGGGCCAUUCUCAGCGACUCGACUGGAAGCCCUCAUUGGUCCUUUCAGAUCAUCGCCUCUGGGCACCGUGCCCAAGUCUGGCGCACCAGGGGAGUUUCGAAUCGUGCAGGAUUUCUCGUUUCCACGCAACGAUCCCUCACGCAUGUCCGUCAAUUCGGAGAUUAAUAUCGAUGACUUCCCAUGCGAAUGGGGCUCGUUCUCGGAUAUUGUCAUCCUCGUGAUCGAAGCUCCCCCUGGAACCGAGGCGGCAACUCUGGAUGUUGACGCCGCCUAUCGGCGUUGUCCCAUUCACCCGACGCAGCAACCACACUUUGUUGUCGAGUGGAAUGGGGUCUUCUACAUUGACCACGUGUGUCCAUUUGGAUUCACGAGCUCCGGGGGCAUUUUUGGCCGAGUCGCAGAUGCGAUGGCAGCAAUUUACCGCGCAAAAGGGAUUGGCCCACUCAAGAACCUCUCGGAUAUUUAUGACGUGGCAAAGGACCUGGGUUGGCCGUGGAAGCAAUCCAAGACACGCGACUUCGCCUCGGAGUUCAUAUAUUUGGGCUUCCAUUGGAACAUCACCGACAAAUCGGUAUCUAUUCCAGACGGGAAGAAGUCAAAAUACAUCGCUAGACUGUUGUUAUGGACACCCGAUGCAUCGUUCACUGUCAAGGAAGCCGAAUCACUGCUCGGAACACUGCGACACAAGGCCAAGGAUCUUCCAGCAGUUUUACAGUCACAGCCCCUUGCCAGCAAACGCAGCUUCCCUGGGCCUAUCUCAGCGCACAAUGGAGAUGAUAUCGACCACAUUGCAGUCUGGAUGGGCCGGAAAUACUCUCAGCAAUAUGGGCUGCCAGCAGACGAGAUGAUACUCUGCGCUUAUGUUGCGUCAAACGCCGGAAAAUUGGCCGGAACAACAAUCAGAAAUCACAUCUCUGCGCUGAAAGCGUGGCACGUUGCGCAGGGAGCCGAUUGGAACGGAAAGGCACGGCUGCAUUACGUUCUGGCUGGCGCAGAGCGGAUGGAACCCGAUUCGGCCAAGAAACCCCCGAGACCUCCGAUCAAUCGUGAUAUGUUAUCCCGCCUGCAUGGGGGCCUGGACUUCUCGGACCCACGCGAUGUUGCAGUGUACGCUACCGCGUGUACUGCGUUCUGGGGCCAAUGCCGUCUCGGCGAAAUUUUACCGCUUUCGACGAGCUCAAAGGCGUCAGCAUUCACCCCUAAACGAUUGCAUUUCGUCCCAAGGUCCGGUGCCUCACGUACGAGCCAUUUCAGAAUACCCCGAACGAAAACGAGUAUCCAAGGCGAUACAAUUCACCUGCCACGUCAGUCUGCGCCACUGGACCCUGUCACCGCAAUAGAAAUGCAUUUUAUUGCAAGCCGACUGGACUCCAACGCCCUGCUCUUCAAUUUCUCAAAAGGGGGAAAGGAUGCGACACUGACAAAGUCUGCAUUCCUCAAACGAUGCAACGAAAUAUGGUCGGCAAACGGCUAUCCGCGGACAACCGGUCACAGCUUCAGGAUUGGCGGCACUACGGAAUUGCUUUUAGCCGGAAUCCACCCCGAUGUUGUCCGCACAAUGGGCUGA